UGUAUUUGAGGUCCCCCUAUCGUAUGAUAUAAACCUUUGUCUUUUUUCUCUCUCUCUCUCUCUCAUUUCUCUGAUUUUUUUUUCUUCCUUUUACAUUACUGCGUAACGCGUUACAUGUCUUUUCCCAUAGAUUCCCAACGCGUUCAUCGACUCUCCAUUCAUUCACUGCUUUUAAAAAAUUUAUUAACUUUAUCUCUCACUUCAUUCAUUCACUCACUCCAACCUCUUUCUCUCAAAUUCUGACUCAUUCUCUCUCUAACUCAUACACCAAUACAUACUCUAUUAUUAUUAAAGUAUAUAUAUAUAUAUAUAUAUAUAUAAAGGUUUUAUGGUUUUUAUUUUUUAGAGAGAGAGAAAGAGAGAGUGCAUUUUGGAAUCAAUGAAGCUGAAUCCGAAGCACGAGAGGCGUUGGGCCUCGGAUACUGUUCCGAACAAAACGGCGGUGAGCAGUGCCGGAACUUCGCCGGGGAGCGGUUACAACUCCGUUGAGGAGUUCGUUGAAGUGACGCUUGAUCUUCAAGAUGACAACACUAUUGUGCUUCGGAGUGUGGAGCCUGCGACGCCGACGACGUUGAUCAAUAUAGAAGGCGGAGUUUCUGGUUCAGGCGGUCGGGAUCAAGCUCCGGCGGUUUCAGCGUCGGCGCCGGCGUCGAGGUCUAAUUCGAUCAGGAGGAGCUCGUCGUCGUCGAAUAAGUUGCGGCAAUUCUCGCAGGAGUUGAAGCUGUUUUCGCAAGAGCUGAAGGCGGAGUUGAAAAGGUUCUCUUGGAGCCAUGGACACGGCACGUCGAAAACUCCGCUCGCGGCUUCUGAUGUUACGGCGGUGGCGGCUGCGGUGGCGGCGAGCGGAGGUACUGGAGGCGGAGGUGAAAGCGGUUACGCAUCGGCUAUGGCAGCUCGAGCACUGAGGAGAGAACGAGCUCAACUCGAUCGCACUCGAUCUGGCGCUCACAAAGCACUUCGUGGACUCAGAUUCAUCAGCACCAAGACCAAUACCAAUGGCGUUGACGGUUGGAACCAAGUCCAAACCAAUUUCAACGAUCUCGCCAAAGACGGCUUUCUCCACCGCGCCGAUUUCGCACAAUGCAUAGGAAUGAGAGAUUCGAAGGAGUUUGCUUUGGAGCUUUUCGAUGCUUUGGGACGAAGAAGAAGAUUAAAAGUCGACAAAAUUAGCAGAGACGAACUGUACGAGUUUUGGUCGCAAAUCUCCGAUCAAAGCUUCGAUUCAAGACUCCAGAUCUUCUUCGAUAUGGUUGACAAGAAUGAAGAUGGUAGAAUCGGAGAAAAAGAAGUAAAAGAGAUUAUCAUGCUAAGUGCCUCUGCGAACAAGUUAUCAAGAUUGAAGGAACAAGCAGAGGAAUAUGCAGCUCUUAUCAUGGAAGAGUUGGAUCCUGAAAGACUUGGCUACAUUGAGCUAUGGCAAUUGGAGACACUAUUGUUACAAAAGGACACAUACCUAAACUACAGUCAAGCAUUGAGCUACACAAGUCAGGCAUUGAGCCAGAAUUUACAAGGGCUGAGAAAGAAAAGCAAAAUAAGACGGUGGAGCACAAAAUUCGUAUACUAUUUGCAAGAGAAUUGGAGGAGACUUUGGGUUUUGGCAUUGUGGAUUUGCAUCAUGAUUGGGCUGUUUACAUGGAAAUUCAUUCAGUACAAAAAUAGAAGUGCCUUCCACGUCAUGAAAUAUUGUCUCCCUACGGCUAAAGGUGCAGCCGAGACCCUUAAGUUCAACAUGGCUUUAAUUCUCUUCCCCGUGUGUAGAAACACAAUCACUUGGCUCAGGUCUACCAAGUUGGCUUACUUCAUACCUUUUGACGACAACAUCAAUUUUCAUAAGACAAUCGCAGGAGCCAUUGUAGUUGGUGUCAUUCUCCAUGCCGGGAACCACCUUGCAUGUGAUUUCCCUAAACUUUCUCACUCUUCUAAGGGAGACUAUGAGAAAUAUUUAAGUGCUGACUUCGGUAAAUAUAGACCCAGUUACGCAAAGCUGGCUGAAGGAGUAGACGGUGUGACUGGAAUCCUAAUGGUGAUUCUCAUGACAGUUGCGUUUACACUUGCAACACGAUGGUUUAGGCGGAGUCUUGUUAAGCUGCCCAAGCCCUUUGAUAAGCUCACUGGUUUCAAUGCCUUCUGGUAUUCACACCACCUAUUUGUCAUUGUCUAUGUCUUGCUCAUCCUCCACGGACAAUUCGUAUAUCUUGUGCACAAGUGGUACCUUAAGACGACAUGGAUGUAUCUUUCCAUUCCGGUUUUAAUGUAUGCAGGAGAAAGAACCUUAAGGUUCUUUCGGUCAGGCUCCUACACUGUCCAUCUUCUAAAAGUUGCCAUCUAUCCUGGAAAUGUUCUUGCGUUGCAAAUGUCUAAGCCACCCCAGUUCAAUUACAAGAGUGGACAAUACAUGUUUGUCCAAUGCCCUGCAGUUUCUCCGUUUGAGUGGCAUCCAUUUUCCAUUACCUCUGCUCCUGGAGAUGACUACCUUAGCAUUCACAUCCGGCAGCUAGGUGAUUGGACACAAGAGCUUAGAAGGGUAUUCUCUGAAGCCUGUGAGGCUUCUGUGUCUGGAAAGAGUGGGCUUCUAAGGGCUGAUGAAACAACCAGAAGAAGUUUGCCUAAGCUCUUAAUAGACGGGCCUUACGGUGCCCCUGCACAAGACUACAGGAAGUAUGAUGUCCUGCUACUUGUUGGGCUUGGAAUUGGGGCAACACCUUUUAUCAGCAUUUUAAAAGAUUUGCUCAACAACAUUAUCAAAAUGGAGGAGGAGGCAGAUUCUGUCUCAGAUGGCAAUAGGGAAUCAGAUCUAAGUAUUGGAAGUACAGAUUCUUCAACGAAUAAUAGGGUCUGUCCAAAGCGGAAAAAGCCUCUGAAGACCACUAAUGCUUACUUCUACUGGGUAACCAGGGAGCAGGGCUCGUUUGAUUGGUUUAAAGGGGUCAUGAAUGAAGUUGCUGAUCGGGAUCAAAGGGGUGUCAUUGAAAUGCAUAACUACCUGACCAGUGUGUAUGAGGAAGGAGAUGCCCGAUCGGCUCUCAUUACCAUGGUGCAAGCACUCAACCAUGCCAAGAAUGGAGUUGAUAUUGUUUCUGGAACUAGGGUAAGAACUCAUUUUGCCAGGCCUAAUUGGAAGAAAGUUUUCUCCAAAAUAUGUUCCAAGCACUGUUCUGCAAGAAUAGGGGUAUUCUACUGUGGGGCACCAGUUUUGGCUAAAGAACUUAGCAAGCUCUGCUAUGAUUUCAACCACAAAGGUCCAACCAAAUUUGAAUUCCACAAGGAGCAUUUCUAAAACAGUGGGAUUGCGUAUAUACCUAAUGUCUACACUCUCUCACUUCACCAUGCAGACCUAUCUCUAACACUUCCAUCUACUUAAAGAAUUUUUGUGAUAAGCUAGAAAGGAGAAGAAAAAGAAAAAGAAAAAGACAAAAGAAAAAAAAAAAGUAUUGUACAGUCGUCGUUAGAAAAUAGGAAAGAAUGAAAAUUGAAAAGCAUAUAUUAUUUUCUUUUUUUAUUCAAGGAACCCAUCAAAAUGGUAUUCUAGAUUUCUAGUUCUAGUCAGUAAUAGAUUUAAAUUAUAAUAUGGCACCGGCUCUGCAUCUGUACAAGUGGCAGAAAUAUAGAGGUGAAAGGUGGCAGUGGACCUAAGGUGCAUUGUUGGAGAGCAAGAGUGCGUUACAGCUGCAAUAUUGGAGUGGUUGACCUAUUUGGUAUUUGAUAAUGAUAAUAUAUAGUAUAUUCAUAUGGGUAGGCAUGAAUUAUUGAGAGACGUGUAGGUGGGGGUAGAAGAAGAAGAAGACAGUUCUGGAAAGGAGAAAACUGGGGUAGGUUUUGUGGACUCCAGAGGUGAUGGGAUUUGGAAGUAUUGUACUCUUGUUGAACCUUAAAAAAGUUUUUCCAUGAGUCGGGCCCAGAGAAUCAUUCUAGAAUGUGGAUGAUGACGAAGAGCUCCACAUGUUUAAAUUCUUAGAAUAAGGAAAAAUUAUGUGUAAAAUACAUUCAUAUAUUUGUCCAUUUAUUUUUGGAAAUAUACAUACAUAUAUAAAUAUAUAUAUACUAGAUAGAGUUAUUGUUGGUUUGUAAACAUCAUAGCAUGGUAAGUCAAUGGCUUUAUUGUAUUGUAUCCUGUUAUAAACAGAAUGUUUAUUGGAUACUUUACCAUCGUGGGCUCUUCAAUGUUUUCCUUGUUUAUGUAAGCAUAAAUUAAUAACUUAAUGGGCUAGUAAUUUCAAUUUUGAA